AGUGGACCAAUUCAUUCGGAGUGGAGUGAUGUUGGCAAGCACCUUUGGAGAUUCCGGAGCCGGUCCCUGCGCGAUGUUAACUGUGUUUUUUUCACGCCCGCAUUAGUUUAUCGCUACCGUCGUUCCGGUUCCGCAGCCGCCGCCACCCGUCACUUCUGGAAGAGAAUCCAGAUCCGUUGGCUGGCUGCUGUUGGCGCAAGCCGAGUCAUUCAGGGACGUGAGGGAACUAACGUUAGGCGAGGAAGAGAUUGAGAUUGGUUGUGCCAGGUGCAAAUGGAAUCCCCCCCUCCAGUGUGGCCUGGCAAUCAGCGGCAUCCCCACAGCGUACCUCCAGCAGCACCAACAGUGACGCAUUUGCUCUCUAUUCGUUUCCUUCACGGCCACGGCGGUGCCUUCCGGAUGUGCAACUCGGAGAUCGACAGCAAGAUAAAGAAUGAUCAAAAGCAGGAGGAGGCACAACAGCACCAUCAUGCCAACCACCGGCCGCAUUUGGUUCCGUGGCACAAGAGAGCCCGUGCGUCGGCAACUCAGAACUCGGCCCCUGUGUACUUCCGGAUGAACACACCGCUCGGAUCGGCUCUGAAUGGUCCCAGGCGAUGGCACAGGAAGCCGCGGUUAUGUGGUUGGCUCAUCACGCUGCUGCUUGACUCUGAGCAGUUCCUUCUAAUAUGAGAUUACACAGGUUGGUCUCGAGAGUUUAGCCUCGCCUAUUCGGAUUAAACCAACCGCUGCUCAAGUCCCCAGCCGAUUUCAUCUCCAGGUGCGAAAUGGCGUAGGUUUCCUGCGGAGUUGCUGCUGCGGCUGC